CAUAGACUGAUGGUUGUAGGUAGGAUAUGCAUGUGUAAGUGAGCAAAAGCAAAAGGAAAGUUGGUGGAAAGAAAGAAGCUUUGCAGUUUGCUCUCUCUCUCUCUCUCUCUCUCUCUCUCUCUCUCUCUCCUGAUCUCCCACACAACAAAUUAACACAAAGCUUUCGGAGCUUCGAUCUGAGACAACUGAAUCUUAUACAGUGGCACUGGGAUUCGAUCAGUUUAGUCAGAUAAUCAACACAGCUCAUUAUACAAGUAGAAGAAGAAGACAAAAAUGCCUCUUGGUGUUUUCUUCAGGGAUGCAAGGCUUGUUUUCAAAUUGGAUUCACUUGGGAAGGAAAUACUUCGUAUCGCGUUCCCUGCUGCUUUAGCAGUAGCCGCUGAUCCCAUUGCUUCUCUGAUUGACACAGCUUUCAUUGGCCAUCUAGGACCUGUGGAACUUGCUGCGGCAGGGGUGUCAAUAGCCUUGUUUAAUCAAGCUUCAAGGAUUACCAUUUUCCCACUGGUCAGCAUUACAACUUCUUUUGUGGCAGAGGAAGAUACUAUUGCACAGAUAAAAAUCAAUGCAGAGAAAAGUGACAACUUGGAAAAGAGUUCAGAUUUCAAAUCAGGAGAACUUAACCAUCUUGAUCUUGAUAUUGAAAAGGGUGCAGCAAAACCAAAAGGUGAUAAUUUAGUCACAUCCAAUACAAAUGGAGAGAAUUUGGAAAAGAGCUUAUCUGAAAGCAGCAAAAAAUUGGAGCUCAAGGUUGUGGAGAAGGAAUCUAAAGCUGAGAAUACAGAGAAAGAUGCAGAUGAAAAUGCUAAUUCAAAAGAUUUAGAAGCAGGAAAUGAUUCCAAUGCAUCAGCAUUGCAAAAGGUUCCAAAUUCAGUCAACAGCAGCAACAAAAAGAAUGCUGAAAUCAACAAGGGAAGGAGGCACAUAGCUUCAGCAUCAACAGCACUGAUUUUUGGCACCAUACUUGGCCUCGUGCAAGCCAUAUUCCUAGUGUUUGGGGCCAAAACUCUCUUGGGUGUGAUGGGAGUCAAAUCUGAUUCACCUAUGCUAGCACCAGCACAAAAAUACUUGGUCACAAGGUCAUUUGGUGCUCCUGCAGUUCUACUAACAUUGGCAAUGCAAGGAAUCUUUAGAGGGUUUAAAGAUACAACAACUCCUUUAUAUGUCAUACUUUUUGGAUAUGCAAUCAACAUUGCCUUGGAUCCACUUCUUAUCUUUGUCCUCCACAUGGGUAUCAGAGGUGCAGCUAUUGCACAUGUUUUUUCUCAGUACUUGAUGGCACUCAUCCUCUUCUUAAUGCUAAUGAGAAAAGUGGAUCUCGUACCCCCAAGUCUUAAAUAUUUGCAGUUUGGUCGGUUUCUUAGAAAUGGCAGCCUGUUAUUAGCUAGAGUGAUAGCAGUGACAUUCUGUGUGACCUUAGCAGCAUCUUUGGCUGCAAGGCUUGGUUCAACACCUAUGGCUGCUUUUCAGACUUGUUUGCAAGUCUGGUUAACAUCCUCUCUUCUCGCUGAUGGUUUGGCUGUUGCUGUACAGGCUAUUCUCGCUUGUGCAUUCGCGGAGAAAGACUAUAAGAAGGCAACAGCUGCUGCAACUAGGGUUCUACAGAUGAGUUUUGUUUUGGGGAUAGGUUUGGCCCUUGUUGUUGGAGUUGGUUUGUACUUUGGAGCAGGAAUAUUUUCUAGAGAUGUCAACGUUUUGCACCUUAUAAGGAUAGGCCUUCCGUUUGUUGCAGCCACACAGCCCAUCAAUUCCUUAUCAUUUGUGUUUGAUGGCGUAAAUUUUGGAGCAUCGGAUUUUGCAUAUUCUGCAUACUCCCUGGUUCUGGUGGCCAUAGCAAGCAUAGUAUCUCUGUUUCUUAUGUGUAGAAGUGAAGGUUUUGUUGGAAUAUGGAUCGCUUUGACCAUUUAUAUGGGGCUGCGCACAUUGGCUGGUGUAUGGAGGAUGGGGACAGGAACAGGACCUUGGCGUUUUCUGAGGGUCCCAUUUUCAGCAUAAUUAAUUAGUAAUUAGGCGUUUUUGUAAAACCAUAGAUUUUUUGUGUAUGCCUGAAUAACAAUUAUCAUUCUAUAUAGAGUAUAGCUCUCUGCUAUAUUCCUAUAAUUAUGAUUAUCGUUGGGCCAAAUAAGAUUGUUUCUUUUUAUA